UAAUCUCUGGCACUCCCUUUAUCUCGAAACACAACGCCAAUCACCCAUAUUUCUCCAAGAACGAGUGGUCGAGUCAGUCGACAUUGCGAAGCCAGCCUGAACGGGAUCCUCGAUUUCUUUAACAGAUUUUUAAGUUGCUGAGGGAAUAACAGUUCUCUGAUCCCGAAGACCAUGGAAGACGUCGAGGCAGACAUGACCUUUGCCUUCUCGGAGAAGUCCAUUCGGAUGGGCUUCAUUAGGAAAGUGUACGCCAUCUUGUGCACGCAACUCCUGAUCACCUUUGGUCUGGUGGCCAUCUUCGUGUGGGUUCCCGACGUCGGCCAAUACGCUUUAAACAACCAGUGGAUGCUCUGGGUCGCCAUAGGCCUGACGUUAACCAUGGUGAUCGCCCUCUCCUGCUGUGGCAACCUGAGGAGGAAGUCGCCGUACAACUACAUAGCGCUGUUCGUGUUCACCAUCUGCGAGGCGUACUUGCUCGGGGUUGUCAGUGCGUCUUACGAAGGAACGGAGGUCGCCAUCGCUAUUGUGUCCACGGCGGUGGUGACGCUGGUGCUCACGCUCUUCGCUUUCCAGACCAAAUAUGACUUCACAAUGAUGGGCGGCUUUCUCCUCGUCAGCCUGACCGUCCUCCUGAUAUUCGGCAUCUUAGCAGGCAUUUGGUCCAACAAGAUCGUCAACAUGGUGUACGCUUGCCUCGGGGUCCUCCUCUUCAGCUUCUAUCUGGUGUUCGAUACCCAGCUCAUCAUCGGAGGGAACCACAAAUUCGCCUAUUCCCCGGAGGAGUACGUGUUCGCGGCCCUCAACCUGUACCUCGACAUCAUCAACCUCUUCAUGUACAUCCUCGCGAUCAUUGGAGGAUCAAGGGACUAAGGAUAGGAAGAAGGAAGAUAUAUAAAAGGAAGGGAAAGGGGAGGGAGAGAAUGAGGAAGGGGUGGCCUAUGCGUUUUGGUUAGUAACUCUUUACCAAGGGUUGGAAAUGGAACAUCGUCGGAAGGUACAUAUAUUAACAUGAACUGCUAUGCGAGAUUUUGUUUUAUGGACGUUAUUUAUGAGGGAUAUGUUUUGAAAAUGCCAUGCAGAAGGAAUAGGAAGUCAGCCAACAAAAUUGUUUUGAGAGAGAGAGUUUACGGAAAAGGAAACAGCCAUUGAAUCCAUAUUGAUUGAAAAUUUACGGGAAGGGAGUAGCAGAGGUUUUGGAUUGUAUCUCUUGAAAUGAUUUUCUAAGAAAUAAAUGGACACAUGAAUGUAAGUGAUGAAUGCAUGUAUGAUUAUCUGUUUGAUUGUAUAUUUGUGUAUCUACAUAUGCACAUCACUGCCCGUUAUUUUGCCUGUAUAUCUGAGCUUUACUCUUCGGGUAGCAUAAGUGCGUGAUGUGCUCGCCAAUAAAACCAUAAAAAUA